AUGUCAACUGCUGCGAUCAUUAAUAUAAAUCACAAAGAUGUCGCUACUUUUCUACAUGAUGCAAAAAGUCUUCUUAUUCAGAAGGUAAAUGCACAUUUACAUAAAAAAAAUUCACUUAAAAUUAAUACAGUAUUAGCUGCUAAUUUUGGGAUGAUAAAAGAUGAUGUUAUUCAAACUGUCACUAAAUAUUUUAGUGAUGUAUAUGCUGACAGUGAAAGUAUUCUAGAAAAAAUUGAUGAUACAAAUGGAUUAGAAAAACGAAAAACACAUAGUUAUCAGAAGCAUAUUCCCAGCAGUAUUGCAUAUUAUUUAAAAUGUAGCUACGAUAAUUCACUUACAAAGUUUGAGCUUAAACGUAGUUCAGAUUGUAUUGAUUGCUUUUUGGAAGAGCUACAAAAUAUAGCCUUUACUGCUGAUAAAAUAAUAGAAGACAUCAAACCAUUGUCUUUGACAUAUGAUGAAGAACAGAAAUUUUUGAAUGAAACUAAAUGUCAUAUUUGCGAGAAAACUUACGUGAUUGAUGACGUUAGAUGUCGUGAUCACUGUCAUAUCACCGGAAAAUACAGAGGUUCUGCGCAUGCGUCAUGCAAUAUCAAUUAUCAGGACUCAUGUACAAUUCCUGUGGUAUUUCAUUCUUUGCGCACAUAUGACGGUCAUCAUAUUAUUAAACGUCUCCAGAAUAAAUUUCCAGGCAGAAUUGAUUUAUUAGCUUUAAACAAAGAAAGUUACAUUUCUUUUACUAAGUGGGUUGACGGAACAAGAAUUAAGUUAAGAUUCAUCGACUUAUAUCGUUUUUUGGCCAGUUCCAUUGAUUCAUUGUCAAAAAAUUCAGAUAAUGCUAAAAAAGAAAUAACAAAAAGUUUUUGUAAAAGUGAAGAAGAAUUCAAAUUGAUAACAAAAAAAGGAGUGUUCCCCUAUGACUAUGUUGAUAGUUGGGAAAAAUUUGAUGAAACAACACUGCCAUCUAAGAAUCACUUUUAUUCGCAACUUAAUGAAGAAGAUAUUUCAGAUGAAGCAUAUGAGCAUGCGCAUAAUGUUUGGCAAACGUUUCAUAUAAAAUCAUUGGGAGAGUAUUCGGAUUUAUAUUUGCAGACAGAUGUCGCUCUGUUAGCAGACAUAUUCAAGAGUUUCAGAACCGAUUGUUUACAAACAUAUAAGCUGGAUCCUGCGCACUACUAUACACUCCCAGGGUUGAGUUUCAGCGCCAUGUUACGAUAUACACAGAUUGAAUUAGAAUUACUAACUGAUCCAGAAAUGAUGUUUUUUAUUGAGCAAGGCAUACGUGGUGAGUUAUCUCAGUGCUCAAAUCGUUAUGGAAAAGCAAAUAACCGAUUUAUGGGCAACGAGUAUGAUCCUGAAGAAGAAGAGUCAUUUUUAAUGUACUUUGAUUUAAACAAUAUGUAUGGAGCUGCAAUGAUGGAAAGUCUUCCCACACAUAACUUAAAAUGGGAAAGUAAUUUUGACCCAGCGAUCCUCGAUUCAAUUUCUGACGACUCAAAGAUUGGUUAUAUUCUUGAAGUAGAUUUAGAAUAUUCUUCAUAUUUACAUCAUCAUCAUAAAGAUUUUCCGUUAGCACCGGUUCGUGAGAAACCACCGCUCAAAACUAGUAAAACAGAAAAAUUAUUAGCGACUUUGAACUCAAAAGAAAAAUAUGUUAUACACUAUCAAUAUGGUGAUAAGGUCAAAUAUUUAUAUGGUGACACUGAUUCAGCAAUAUAUCAUAUUUUUUGUAAUAAUCCUUAUGAAUUAAUUCAAAAAAUUGCAUUAAGUUGGAACAAUGACAAACGUCGCUUAAAAGCAGGAGAAACAGACACAUUACCAUGGAGUUAUAAGUAUAAUCAACAAAUGUGUCUUAGUAGUAGUAUUUUCAAAACGAAAUUUGUAUAA